AUGGACUGCAUGGCAAUGUCGCAUCAUGUCAUCCACAGUAGAUACAAAUCACUAUAUUUAUUUGCAAUGUGUUUGAUCAGUUCCGCAUUGAGUCUAACUGACCAUUACCCAUUCCGGAACACCUCGUUGCCAUGGGAUACAAGAGUUGACGAUUUGGUUAGUCGUUUGACCCUUGAAGAGAUUAUGAUUCAGAUGAGUAAAGGAGGGUCGGGACCAAAGGGAGGACCAGCCCCGCCGAUAAAUCGACUAGGUAUAGGGACCUAUAGUUGGAAUACGGAAUGUCUACGGGGUGACGGAAGUUCUGGGAACGCAACAUCCUUCCCACAAGCCCUGGGACUAGCCGCCACGUUCAGCACUGACGUCAUAUAUGACGUAGCAGAAGCCACUGGUGUAGAGGUUCGCGCCAAGUACAACGACUACCGUAAACACCAAGAAUAUGGUGACCACAAAGGGGCGAGCUGUUUUAGUCCCGUUAUCAACAUCAUGCGACAUCCCUUGUGGGGACGAAACCAGGAGACAUAUGGCGAGGAUCCUUUCCUCAGUGGAGUUCUUGCAACACAUUUUGUGAACGGUCUGCAAGGUCGCAAUCCUACGUAUAUUCGAGUCAACUCGGGAUGUAAACAUUUAGAUGUUUAUGGAGGACCUGAAAACAUACCUGUAUCGCGAUUUUCUUUUAACGCACAGGUAAGCGAACGGGACUGGCGUUUAACUUUCCUACCAGCCUUUAGGCGUUGCGUUGAGGCGGGAACCUACAGUCUUAUGUGCAGUUUUAACAGAAUUAAUGGCGUUCCUGCAUGUGGCAACAAACAUCUCUUAACGGAUAUUCUGAGGAAAGAGUGGGGGUUCAAAGGUUACGUGGUGAGUGACCAGGCGGCAAUAGAGAACAUCAUUGAUUUCCAUCAUUACCUCAACAAUUCCGUGGACACGGUUGCUCUGUGUGUGAAUGCUGGCCUUAAUCUGGAAUUAUCUACUAAUCUAGCGAAGCCUAUCUACUUCUCGAUGAUUGAAGCGAUCAAAGCUAAGAAAUUGACAGAAGAUGUUGUCCGUGAAAGUGUAAAGCCAUUGUUCUAUACUAGAAUGCGACUCGGCGAGUUUGACCCACCAGACAGAAACCCAUAUAGCUUUUUGGAUCUGUCGUAUAUCCAGAGUCCUGACCAUAGACAGAUUUCACUAACUGCUGCCAUGAAAUCCUUUGUUUUAUUGAAAAACAUCAACAAUUUACUACCAUUAAAACGCCUACUCAACACAAUAGCGGUGGUCGGACCUAUGGCUGAUAACUUAUACCAACUCUUCGGCACCUAUAGUGCUGACGCAAGCCGUCAAUACACUACUACGCCUCUUGAUGGACUUAAGCGCUUGGCCCGGUCAACAAAUUACGGUCAAGGUUGUCCGGACAACAAGUGUGUCAAUUACAAUGUCACACAAGUCAAGGACGCAGUUGCAAAAGCUGAGGCAGUUUUCGUUUGCCUCGGAACAGGACAAGAACUCGAAGGAGAAGAUAACGACAGAAGUAACAUGGACCUACCCGGAAAACAACUUAAACUCCUGCAAGAUGCUGUAGAAUUCGCAGGAACUGCACCAGUCAUACUGCUCCUCUUCAACGCUGGUCCUUUGAACAUUACAUGGGCUGAACAAAGUGGUCGCGUUGAUGCAAUAUUGGAGUGUUUCUUCCCUGCACAAACUGCAGGUGAGGCAAUAUUCCGCGUCCUUACUAACAAUGGUGACAAUAGCAACCCAGCUGCCAGACUACCGUUUACAUGGCCACGUUAUGCUUGUCAGGUUCCGGCUAUAACUAAUUAUACAAUGGAAGGAAGAACAUACAGAUACUACGACGGCGAUCCUCUCUUUCCCUUCGGAUUUGGUUUGUCCUAUUCUGUAUUCCAUUAUUACGACGCUUGGUUGUCACCUCUUAUUCAAGCUGGCCAACCACUUGAUAUAAGAGUAGAAGUUGGCAAUAUCGGACAAUGUGAUGGAGAUGAGGUGAUACAAAUAUAUCUGGAGUGGAUUACGACGAAAAUGAAAAUGCCGAAAUUGCAAUUAGUUGCAUUCCGAAGAGUCUUUAUCAAAACUUCAGAUAGAAUUAACUACACUCUACAGAUAAAUCCACGCGAUAUGGCUGUCUGGACAGGAAAAGCUUUUAUCAUCGAAGCAGGUAAAAUCAGGCUAUAUGUCGGUGGACAACAACCUAACCAACGAAAACAUGUGGCAUCGAAUAUACUUGUUAGAGAAUUCGAAAUUAUUAAUUCAAAACGUGUAGAUUAAAAGCACGUUCUUAAUACAAAAACCACGUAAACAAUAAAAUAACAUAAAUAAAUAAUACUUCUACGAUACAAUAUUAUGAUUUAUUGAUUUUAAAAGUUACAAUGGUCGGAUGGUCCAACACCAUGAUUCUUUACAAAACGUAUUUCAACAGAACUUUGAUCAAAUAAUUAUCGUUUAUCAGACAUAUUUACCACUGAAUAUACUUUCAACAUGUUCCCAAACAUUUGAUUAACAUGUUUAUAACCCAUGCUUUUCUGUGCUCAUUAAAACCUCCAUGGCGGAGAAAUCUUCAGUUAAAUAGGACUAAUCAUGUUGACACUUUUUAGAUGUUUUGCAUUGCAUGCAAUAAUCCACAUUCAUGUAU